AUGGAGACACAGCUAGACCCCAUGAAGGAUGACUUACCCUUAAUGGCCAACACUAGCCACAUGCUUGUAAAGCACUAUAUAUUGGACUUGGAUGUGGAUUUUAAAAGUAAAGUUAUUGAAGGCGUCAUAGUUUUAUUUUUUGAGACUGGGAGCCGGUACAGGAAAACCAGCAGUACUGGCAAGGAAGGCUGCCAGUCACAGUUUGAUGAAACCUGUAAAAUGAGGGCAUCUGAACCCUGCCCCAGUCCUGUGACAAACGUGAGUGCCUGUUCAGCUGAAAUGGAGUAUGAUGAUUUUGCUGUCUGUGGUAAAGGUGAAGAAGAUACUUCUGAUAAAAAUGGUAACCAUAGCAACAAGGAACAGGCUUCUGGGAUUUCUAGUUCAAAGAACUGCUGUGACAUAGAGAAUCAUGGGAACGAGGAUUUUCUGCUGGUAUUGGACUGCUGUGAUUUAUCCGUCCUAAAGGUUGAGGAGGUAGAUGUUGCUGCUGUGUCAGGCAUUGAAAAAUUCACAAGGUCUGCCAAGCUAACUGAUGUUUCAAAGGUGCUGGAAAAUCUCAGGAAUCAGAUUGUACAUGAACUUGUGACUUUACCUGCUGAUCGCUGGAAGGAACAGCUAUACUAUUUUACUUGCUGCAGCCAGGCGCCUGGCUGUGGAGAGCUUCUGUUUACUACUAGCACUUGGAGCUUGGAGAUAAGGAAAUCAGGAAUUCAGACUCCAACAGACUUUCCUCAUGCAAUAAGGAUAUGGUACAAAACAAAACCAGAGGGACGAUCUGUUACAUGGACUACAGACCAGAGCGGCAGGCCAUGUGUGUAUACAAUGGGAUCACCAAUAAACAACAGAGCCCUUUUCCCAUGCCAAGAACCACCCGUUGCCUUGUCAACAUGGCAAGCCUCAGUCCGAACAGCUGCAGGCUUUGUUGUGUUAAUGAGCGGUGAAAACUCAGCAGAACCAGUCCAGCUUCCACAAGGUACCUUGAGCUGGUACUACUAUGUGACUAUGCCAAUGCCAGCAUCCACCUUCACUAUUGCCGUGGGGUGCUGGCAGGAAGUUAAACAGCAGUCCUUCACAGCUGCUAUCCAGACAAACACUGAGUUUUCCUUACCAUCUUCACAAGCUGAUUUCAGAUGCCAUGAAGAAAUCUGUGGUCAUGUGGAAUAUCCCUGCCGUUUCCAAAAUCCUGCUGCCAGGUUGCAGGCAGUCAUUCCUUACAGACUUUUUGCUCCCUGGUGCCUUAUGGAACGCUGUGAAGAGUGUUUGCUUCAGCUAAUUCCUCAGUGCCUCUCAGCUGCUUACACCACACUGGGUACCCACCCCUUUUCCAGGCUUGAUGUUUUGAUAGUUCCUUCCAACUUUUCCAGCCUGGGAAUGGCUAGCCCACACAUCAUCUUCUUGUCACAGAGUGUACUACCGGGAGGGAGCCAUCUCUGUGGGACACGUCUGUGCCAUGAAAUUGCUCAUGCUUGGUUUGGACUGGCCAUUGGUGCUCGUGAUUGGACUGAAGAGUGGUUAAGUGAAGGGUUUGCCACUUUUUUUGAAGAUAUAUUUUGGGCUAGGGCACAACAGCUGUCGCAUGAUGAAGUAAAAGGGCAGCAGGAAAUGAAAGUAGAGGAGCAGAACUCUGAAGAAGAGCUGCAAGUUUUAAGGCCUAAAAAGGACAGCACAGGAGAACUGAGUGAGUCUGGAGCAUCCGUUGUCAAACAUGGUCUAAAAGCAGAAAAAAUCUUCAUGCAGGUUCACUAUUUGAAGGGUUAUUUCCUUUUGCGGUCUCUGGCAAGGAUAAUAGGAGAGGCUUCAUACCUUGCAUCUUUACGAAAAUUUGUCCAUAAGUUCCAUGGGCAGCUUGUCCUUUCUCAGGAUUUUCUUUGCAUGCUGUUGGAAGACAACCCUGAACAAAAAGAGUCUGGGUUAACUGUAGAAAGUAUCUUCCAGAAUUGGCUUGACACUUCGGGAAUGCCAAAGCCUUUGCUGGAGGAGGGCGAGACCUGGAAGGAGUGUCAGCUCGUCCAGCAAGUGAGCGGCGAGGUCACAAAAUGGAUUCAGACAAACCAGAGGAUCAGAAAAAGCAGCAAAAAGAAAAGAAAGCAGGAUGAAGUUGUUUUCCAAAAGCUUCUCCCUGACCAGCUGGUCUUACUUCUGGAGUCUCUCUUGGAGGAGAAGACAUUGUGUCCUAGAAUACUGCAGCGCCUGGAGAAAACGUACCAGCUCCGGGAGCAAGAUGCUGAGGUUCGUCAUCGGUGGUGUGAACUUGUUGUUAAACACAAGUACGUGGCUGGGUAUGGAGAUGUUGAGAGAUUUCUCAGAGAAGAUCAGGCAAUGGGUGUGUAUCUCUAUGGUGAAUUAAUGGUGAAUGAAGACGUGAAACAACAAGAACUUGCACAUAAAUGCUUUGCUGCAGCAAGAGAACAUAUGGAUGCGUCCUCAGCCAAAGUGGUGGCAGAGAUGUUAUUCUGA